AUGGAUGUCAAAACGGCAAGGGAAGUGGCGACGUCUAAUUCAUUGGAAAGAGAGGACCAGGGAAUUCUGAAAACAUCUGACAGCAAAGCUUCACAGUUGAAACAGAAGGAACUUAACUCGGAUGUACAUCAGAGGAGACAAAGAGCCCCGCGAAGCCAAGGAAGAUUUCAGUCUAAGGUCAGUAAACUGAACUCAAGCAGAGUUUCUUAAUUUGCUUCAAUAUCAAUGCAAUUAGUUGUUGCAUGAUCGGUUGUUUAUUUAGAAGUCAUUAGCUGUAUGGUAAGGUCCAACAUCAUAAAACAUUAAGGCGAAUUGGCCAAUUCAAAUGGCUAUUAUUAUAUAGUUUUUCGACCAGUUGUUGCCGCUUCAUUUCAAAACAUAGAUGAAAGUAUGAAACUUUGUUCAGUGUCAAAACACGAUCGUCUUUCCUUCUUAGCCGGCCAUGACCAUUUUCGGUUCUAGCUGUUGUUCUUCCUACUGGAGCUGUUUUUGGGGGACUGUUGCGUUUUUCUAAUAGUAUUUGUAAAUGAAGUUUUAACUGAAACAAAAAUUAAGCAUUUGCUUUUUAAGUCUUGAAAAAGUAAGUUAGAUAAAGUUUUCCACAACCGCCUACUUUACAAUUUUGGCCUAUUAGUAAAACAAAAGAAAUACCUUUAAAAAACUCAAUUCAGCCUCAAAAAGAGACUUCCGAUAGAGAUAUCAGUACAAGCUAUGUAUUUUUGUGAACACUUCAGACAAGACGCCCAUCAACAAUUCAGAGGUUCUAAAAACGGGCUUCUGCGUUGAAACGUUUUUCAGUAUGAAAUGUUCACCUAAGUCGCUCGCGAUGUUAUAUGUAAGGAUUGGUUGAAAAGUGAUGUGAGGGAAUUGAAAAAAGUACUCAAAUUCAGUAGAUGCCAGUGCGUGAAAAGGGUCACUGAAACGGUGUUAGCAACCCAGAAAACGUUGGACAUUCUUUGACGAUGAGUCACUUUGGCAUGGAGGUCGACUUAAACAACGCAUCAAAAGCUUGUUCAAACAGUAACGAUUAGAAAUCAUGUAGUACUGGAUAAAAUCUUUCAUAAUUUGUCAGGGAGAUAAAGCUUGAAUUUAAAUUUUGAUGUGCGGGCGCUUUGCGUAUAUUAGUGCUAGCUAAUCGUACUCUUUUGUUGUUUAAACAGUCUUUACUUAAUAUAAAGGUGGUUCAAAACUUUUGACAAAUUCGAGGAUUAGCGAUGAGCCUACCUGGCGCCUAUUUUAAAUGAGGGAUUAUUUAAUGUUUCUUUCUUUUAAUCAUUACAAACAGUAAUUAAUUUUCUGUCAAAGAAUGAUGUGAGUAUUUUGAUUUCACCAGCAAAUAAACUUGUGGACUGACUGUAGCGUCAACCAUUUGAGAAAUUUAUGACCAAAAAUUACAUAAGGAGUGACCCAAUCACAGUUUUGUUAAUUUCGAGGUCAAUAAGUGCCGCAGCAAAAGGCUCAUACUUGCGGGUAAUUCACGAAUAAGAAGCUUCUAAGACUUUUGACAUUCCAGCUAGUAGCAAAAAGUUACUAUCAUACGUCCAAAAGUGACUCAGAAACUUGGAGAUGAGCUUUAAGUAAAAAAUAUAUCGUAAAAGUUCACAAAGUUUAUAAAACGGUCGCCGGGGAAGAGGGGAAGAAAGAAGUCAUUAAAGAGCAAAUUGUAAGCCACUAACUCACCGUUAUAAUCAGCCAAACGCGGAGAUUGCAUAUUUAUAUAACUAAUGUACCAACAUUUUUCUCUAAAUUUGCUUUCUUUUAGAAGAAAGGUACCCUUAACUCGCCUAAGCAACAGAAAAGCACAGCAGCAAAUGCAAUGCAGUUGACACCAGAUUUCCAUUCAAAGACUGCUGCAACUGCUGAGCAGAAGGAAAGUCAGGAAGAAGAAAGGUAAGUUUGCAUUCUAUUCAUAUGUUUCAAGGACCCUGGACUUGUAAAUGGUAACUUAAGCUUCGGCUUCUUGCCGGCGGGUAGAGUUAUAUGUCCAUGCAUAUUCCUUUCUUUGUUUUCUGUUACUUCUCUCUUUUUAGCAAUGCAACUUUUUAUCUGAUCUGUGUUCCAAUAUUUUUCUUCUAUUACCCAUUUUGUCUCAAAAUGAACGAUAUCUGGUGCAAGAAUCCAACUGACUUAAAAAUAUAGACUUCAGAGUCAACAAUUUUAUCAACUUGUAACGAAUAAUGUACACAUGAAUAGCUUGUGUAUUGCCUCCGACGACAGGAGAACGCAUACCUAAACUCAACCCGCGAGAGGUUGUGUUUGGGUCAUGUACCGGAAACGGAACUACGUCAUAGACCUUAGGGCUCUCGUUCCCAGAGCAAGUCGUUUGUUUUCGCUUGCGAAUACAGCCGUCUCUCAUAACAGCAAGAUACCUCCUGAAUUCACAGGCUACCCUUUUUUAAGACCAAGAUUGUUUUAGAGAUAAAACAUAGUUGUUUAGAAAUGCUACGGGGGAAAACGCCGAAGUCUGGUCCCUCCGGCCUACUUCAUUAAUUAACACUAAGAACGUUCUAAAAAUUUUACUCGGGUGAUAUUUAUUAACAUAUAGCUUCAAAAGCAUUGAAGAUCCUGCGCGGAUAUCUCGGCCUUGAUAAAAAAUGUCGCUUUGUCAAACAUUUCCCCAAUUAAGAUCGUCCCCAUGGUUCACUGAAUGAUACAAACCUCUUCACUUGGUGAUAUAGUCUGCAACUACAAUUCCAAAGGUAAACAUUCGGACGCACUUCUCACUUUAUCCCAGAUCACCUGCUAGUUAUUAGUGGUGUAAUCUUGGAGGUGUGUGUGAUUGCUCGUUUUGGAUUGAUCUCCUUAUCUAUCAAACAUCAGAGUUGUUUCUUUUUUCCAAAUUAAAAGAGCUUUAGAUUCUAAGACGUGGACGACCACGAGUACGAGAUUUCCUCAAUACUAGCUAAUACUAAGUAGUGCUAGCGCGUGAACCAGCGUCAUUUUGGCGGCAAAACGUGGUAGCCGGCGUCAUUCUACUACGAGUUUUAGCGAGAAUGUCGUACUGGCGGAAACGAGUUAUCAAAUGUUACAAGUUUUAUCACUUUGCGAUCGGGAGAGGGCUAACUUUUCUGGUGCUAACUUUUCUGGUGAAUCAAAAGUACAAUGAAACUUUCCGGGGUGUCUAUUUUUGAGAAUAUGCAAAAAAAACUUUAUGUCAAAUCUCGUACUCGUAGGCGUUCUCGUCCUCGAAUCUAAAGGUCUCUAUACUUUAUAGACUUAAUUGUUAUGUUAUAGUUAAUCAUAAUUUUUAACAAUUAUUCCUCUCGCCUUCAUGGGCUCUGAGCCAAUAGCCCAUGAGGGCGAAAGGAAUAAUUGUUUUACUAAAAUCCAAAAAUAUAGAGAAUAAAAAAAUUUUAGCUAGUUAAAGCUAGACUUUAAUCCUUUUUUGCCGCCAAAAAUCCCGCGCUUUUCGCUAAUAGUAGGCUAUAACAUAUAGCCUAGUAGUAGCUCAACCAAUCAGAACGCAGCAUUGAUAAUAGACCACUAGUUUGAUUCUACUGAAUUCAUUUAUUCACGACCUUCAAAAUACUAAGCUGUAAUAUUUAGUUUUUUCUUAUUAUACUUUAUUUAAAAGCUACAGUGUAUACUACCAUGGUGACCGACCUGACAUUCAGGCAGCGAAUCGUGAAGCUAAUUGUAGGUUUCUGUUUUUAGCCGCAGCCAAGACAGCCCGAACGACAGAAAAGUGGAAGAAGAAUAUCAAGAUAUCUCCGGAUCAUUGUCAGUACCUACUGUCUCAGUGUCAAGUGAGAUGUUGGAAUUGGCCCACGACAAUCGACCGGUUGACGAUUCCAUUCCCAAAGAAGAUGUACAGCACCUGUGUGAUCCGACUACUGGCGUGGAAAAAACUGAAAAAAAUGCUUCUGGUGAGAUAGAAAAUCGAACGCAUUUUGGUGCUAGAUCCACUUCACCUCCCAAACUGCAUUUCAAUCGCAUGAACGCUGUGAAAAGAACUGUGACGAAUACUGCAGAAAAUUCAAUAACUGGGAAAUCUAAGGAAAUAAAAGAAGGUGGUAAAUCAUCAAGAGAUUUUGUCUCAAGCAAUCUUAAAAUGCAUAAUGGAAGCCCUCGCCUUCAACGUGAACAAGGAAGAUCAGAUAGUGGGAACAAAAUGAAGUCUACCAGGCCAUUCUAUCCAGUGCCAAAGAAAGAGUCUGUCUUAGAUAAUCAAGCAGGAGAAGGACGACAAGCCAUUCAGGCAGAAGGCUGGAAGGAUCAAGUUCCUGAACAAGAACAUAUGUACGAUAAAACUUCAAGAACUCAUUUAUCUCCAAGAAUGCAGCAUAAAAGCCGCAGCCCAGUUCUUCAGCAUUCCGCAUGCCAGCGUGGUCACAUCGAGAAGAGCAUUGUCACACCUCGGCUAAGCCCAAGAUUACAGAGACAUUACUGUAUACAGAUAGAAGAAGAGGGUUUUCGAGCUCACAACCAGGCAGCUAUUGAAUCAAAGCAAAACGGAUUUGUUAAGAUAACAAAGGAAGGUUUUGGCGUUGAAAAACGACCAAGAUCUCCUUCAUCACCUAACUUGCGAGUGAAUAACAGGCCUGGUUUACGUGGAAGGAGUUGGUCGCUCACAAACCAAAUGCAACAAAUUACUGGCGAAGUUGAGAUCAACAGUUUGAGCACAAGUCCCAGACGUACACCUUUGAGGAAAAAAAAGGAUCUUUCAAAGCCUGAAAGCUUGAACACUCAAGCUUGGGAGACAGAAUGUUUUUCAAAAGAAAAAGAGAGGGUUUGUCUUAGCAAUACCAAAGAAAUCAGUGGGGCUACCUCUCCCAGUCCACAAUUGAAACACAGAGGGAAAAGCAUGCCUUUCUUAGAUUGUAAAGUCAGCCAAAUUGCCAUGAAUUCUAGAGAUCGAAUAACAAAGAAAGACCAAGGAAACAAUGGCCAAGCAGGAGCUAUCAGUAAAGGACCUAAAAUGCUGCAGAGAAGAGGUUGGGAGGUUCCAAAUUCCUUGCCUCAAUCCGAAAAGUUAGAGAUGCCAGUUGAAGCUGCGGAUCAACACAAAUGCCCAAAUGUCACAAUAGCAGUUGUUGAAAGCGAUGGUGACAAUGAAAAAGUUGGUUUUUCGGACAUCGAAGCUCAUCUUUCACUUCCUGUGAAUCAACCAAACAAUCAUUUGACGGUUAUUAGCGCCAGGCCACUGCAUCGACGAUCCACUGGAGAUAUACACGAAGCAUGUCUCAGAGAUGAGUUACCAGUAAACUACUUAAAUGGCUAUGAAAUGAGAUCUUCUCCCGAAAUGCGAAGAUUAAGCGUCAACAACAGAGCUUCUUCAAUGUCAGAGCUUCACGAAUCAUCUAAAGAGAAAAAGACUUUUUCAAGCAUAACUGCUUUCAAUCUAACGACACAAAAUCCUGCAGGUCAUAAGACUGCGGUGAAAUUUCGAGAAAUUACGGAACCGGUAAGAAAAUCGAAAUGGUUUCAUGCGCUGACAAACGUGGUUAACUUAAACUAUUUUCAGGCUGCCAUGAUGGAAAUCCAGAAGCAGAAAGAGCGAGAUAAAGCUUCAGAACAAAAUCGACCAUCUAUGGAAAAAACAUUCGAGGAGAUUAAGAACUGCAGGUAUUUGAGAGUACCGGAACACUAUCAGUAA